AUGGACUGCAGCUCUUCACCCGUCAGAGCGCAGGAAACGGCCCCCUGGUAUCCCCUACAAGUUACAAUGAAUGAGACAAAAUUCCCCGUUGACUACCACAAGUUACCGACGUUUGCAAAGGAAUGGCAAAUCAACCGUUUACUCAACGCCGAAGCAGAGACUUGUCAAACUACAGUCAAACUACUGUCAAACUACAGUCAAACUACAUUCACAGAAGACGAGCGUACUAGCCUUGGAUACAUUCUAACUGGGCCGGCAGAUACAAACGUGUGCAGAAAAAUUCGGAAGAUAAAAAGAUUCGUUGAUGGAAAGUUCAACCCCACGAAAUGUACCAAAAUGGGAGAAGACGUGGAGCCAGGUCCAAAACUGAAGCGGAUAGUGCAAUAUAGGCUGGUUGUACAUCAAAAGAUUUCAACCACUUUUGGUCCGCAGGAAAAUUCACUGAUGUUCGUCAUCGAAUUAAAUGACGAUGAAUGCCGUUAUAAUGGCUACUGGAGGCAUCACUAA